AUGGAUAUCGACCAAUUUCUCAAUGAUCCCUCUGAGGACGCAUUGCGACCAAAAAAUUCAAACACACCUGAAGUAGACUUGCAGGCGUUAACAAGAGCUUGGAUUAAUGAGCGCGGUGCUCCAGAAAUUCUACCAUGGCCUCCCAAUAAUCUUGUCGAACGAGUUACAGAACGAAUCAAAAAGCAAAUCGAGAAGGUAGAAGAAUUGACCGGAGAUAUGGAUCCAAAGACAAAUUUUGGCCUUAUUUGUAUACAGACGGAACUAGAGAGGUGGAAGUACCUCAUCAGAGGAUUAGUCAGAGCCAGAAUCGCAAAGAUCGAUGCGCAUACGUUACACUACCUGAGCAAUGAAGGACUUCGAUCAAGGCUAUCGGAAACUGAAAUCGCAUAUGCCACAAGACAUCAACAAUUACUACACAGCCAUUACUUGUCGAGUUUCCUGGGGAGCUUUCCUGCUACACUACAGAACUUGAACGAUCAGGCAGGAGGCAUUUCUAUGAUCAGUGGACCAGAUGAAGAUACUGCUGUAUUUGCAAGAGGUACGGGAAGUUAUGAAGAAUUUACUGGUGAUGGCGGUAGCAUAUCCGUUUUGGGAAGAGGAAGAGAUGGGGACGAUGUGAAAGAUGUUGGCAGAGGGGAGGUCGUAAUUGCGAGAUGGUCGGAUGUCAGGGAGCAUGUUGAGAAGGGAGAAAUGGAACUAGUUUGA